GUUUCGCACCUCCACUAAGCGAUUGGUUGGGACACUGGUUAUCCGUUCUCUUCCCUUCCACAAUUUUUAAUCCAAGCAACAACAGGAUAUUUCCAACCCAACCCAAUCAACCAUGCAAGCAGUUGUGAGUUUCUGCUAUCAUUCCCGCAAUUCUCCCCUCACAGCCAUACCCUGAGUGACUGAGUCUGCCAUGGCUUCUUUACCUUCUGUUGCUGUUACUGCCACUCUUAAGCUCCACCCACAAUUCAAAAAAUACCCCCCAAGCUCCAUUCCCAUAGAUAAGGGUCAAAACAUUUCUUUGCAGAAAAGCCACAAAUUCAACACUCAUUUGGAUCCCAGCAGGUAUCGGGGUUUUCAGGAAGCACUUUCACUGGCCAAAGAAGGGACAGAGGAGGUGGACUCAUCUUUCUACAUUCCCUUGCUGCAACAAUGCAUAGACAAGAGGUCCUUUUCAGACACACAAAUUGUUCAUGGCCACAUCAUGAAAACGGGUAACCACGAAGACGUUUUCGUGGUGUCAUAUCUGGUCAGUGUUUACUCCAAAUGUGGGAACAUGGAGGAUGCUCGAAGAGCCUUCGAUCACAUGCCCAGAAGAAACGUGGUCGCCUGGACCACGUUAAUGCUGGGCUAUGUGCAGAACUCGCGGCCAAAGCACGCCUUUCAUGUGUUUGAUGAAAUGUUACAUACAGGGAGUUACCCUUCCAUGAACACUCUAGCUAUAGCUCUAAAUGCUUGUACAUCCUUGAAGUCUUUGAAGUCAGGUGAACAGUUACAUGCUUACAUAAUCAAAUACCAUAUUGACUUUGACACCAGUGUUGGCAAUGCACUUUGUAGUUUGUACUCCAAAUGUGGCAGGUUGGAAUUUGCUCUGAAAGCAUUUAAGAGAAUCAAGGAAAAGAAUGUUAUUUCAUGGACUGCAGCUAUUUCUUCUUGUGGGGACAGUGGUAAAGCUAAGAAGGGUUUAAGAAUUUUUGUUGAGAUGCUUUCUGAGAACAUGCAGCCUAAUGAGUACACUUUGACUAGUGUCCUCAGCCAGUGUUGUGAAAUUCAGUUCUUAGAACUUGGGACUCAGGUUCAUUCGAUGUGUACUAAAUUGGGCUAUGAAUCAAACCUACGUGUAAGGAAUUCUUUGCUGUAUUUGUACCUCAAACGUGGUUGUAUUGGUGAGGCUCAAAUUCUGUUUAAAGGAAUGGACGAUGCCAGUUUGGUUACAUGGAACGCGAUGAUUGCAGGGCAUGCAAAAAUGAUGGAACAGUCAAGGGAUAAUCUUUAUGCAUGCUGGAAUGGAACCGAAGCACUCAACCUUUUUUCCAAGUUGAAUUGCUCAGGCAUGAAACUUGAUCUAUUUACCUUCUCAAGUGUACUAAGUGUUUGUGGUAGAAUGGUUGCUUUUGUGCAGGGAGAACAAAUUCAUGCUCAGACCAUCAAAACCGGGUUCUUAUCAGAUGUGAUUGUAGGAACUUCACUAAUUAACAUGUACAUUAAAUGUGCAAGCGUUGAGAGCGCAAGCAAAGCGUUUCUGGAGAUGUCUACUAGAACUUUGAUAUCAUGGACUUCCAUAAUCACAGGUUUUGCACAGCAUGGUAGGUCACAGCAAGCAUUGCAUCUUUUUGAGGAUAUGAAACUAGCUAGAGUUAGACCAAACCAGGUCACUUUUGUUGGUGUUUUGUCAGCAUGUAGUCGCGCCGGCAUGGUCAGUGAAGCAUUUAAUCACUUUAAGAUCAUGCAAAAGGAGUAUAAAAUUAAGCCUGUGAUGGAACAUUACACUUGCUUGGUCGAUAUGUUAGUGAGGUUGGGUCGGGUGGAGGAAGCUUUCGAUUUGAUUAAGAAAAUGGAUUAUGAGCCUAGUGAGUUUAUUUGGUCAAAUUUGAUUGUUGGUUGUAGAAGUCAUGGGAAUCUGGAACUAGGGUAUCAUGCUGCUGAAAAGUUACUAAGUCUCAAACCAAAAGAUCCUGAGACAUAUGUGUUGUUGUUGAAUAUGUACCACUCAGCUGGGAGAUUUGAGGAUGUGUCUAGGGUGAGAAGGAUAAUGAAAGAGGAAAAGGUUGAAAAAUUAAAGGAUUGGAGCUGGAUUAGCAUCAAAGACAAAGUGUACUCAUUUGAAGCAAAUGACAUAGCACACCCACAUAAUUCACUAGUAUGUAAAUCAUCGGAGGAUUUACUGGUGAAAGCUAAGAAUCUUGGAUAUGAGAUGCUAGAAAGUUUGGAAAUAAGUGAAGAAGAGGAGGGGGAAAAUACAUCCUCCCUUACCAUUUAUCACAGUGAGAAGCUGGCUAUUACAUUUGGUUUGGAGAAUUUGCCAAACUUCUCACCAGUAAGAGUUGUCAAGAGUACCAUAAUGUGCAGGGAUUCCCAUAAUUUUAUUAAGUAUGUCUCAAUACUGAGUGGUAGGGAAAUCAUUGUUAAAGAUAGAAAGAGGCUUCAUAAAUUUGUCAAUGGAGAAUGCUCAUGUGGAGAAUUUGGUGGUUUUCUCUGAUAUCCUCCAAGCAGCAGCUAAAGUUUUUACCAAUCAAAAGCUGACUAUCAAAAGCUGAUACAUUUUUUACACCUCUCUACACUUACUAAUAACAUGUUACUCUACAUUGACAAGUUUUAAAUUGAAAAAAGAUAUUUCUUCAGCCAAGAGUGUAUAUAACUAUGUACCUUGGUAGAAACAGAGGGAUAG